CCGCCUCGCUCCCUCGCCGGGGUAGCCACGUUCGGUUGAGCUCCAAGUAGACCAGCGGCAGCGGCGGCGGCAGCGGUGCUGGAGGCGCAGAGGGCGGCGCAGGCGGAGCGGGGCGGGCGGGCGCGCUAGCGAGCCAGCGGGCAGCCGGGCCGGCGGGCGAGCGGCGGCGGCGGCGGCCCCGGCACCCCAGGCCGAGCCGGCGCGGGAGGAGUUCCAGGGCGAUGGGGCCGCGGCCGGGGCUGACGCUUUGACAGCUGGAAAGAGCGCGGAGCCAGCGCCUGGGGGGGAGGGAGGGGAGCGCGGCUAGGAGAGCGCGAGCGAGCGAGCGGGCGAGCGCCGGGGAGGGGGCCGGGAGCGAGGGGCAGCUCGGGAGCAGCCGGAGCGGUAGCGGCGGCGGCGGCAAGGUUCGGUGCCCUCUUCUCUGCAAAACAUGUUUGCCAAAGGCAAAGGCUCGGCGGUGCCCUCGGACGGGCAGGCUCGAGAAAAGUUAGCUUUAUACGUCUACGAAUAUUUGCUGCACGUAGGAGCACAGAAAUCUGCACAGACCUUCUUGUCAGAGAUUCGAUGGGAAAAAAACAUCACGCUGGGAGAACCGCCUGGGUUUUUGCACUCGUGGUGGUGUGUAUUUUGGGACCUUUACUGUGCAGCUCCUGAAAGGCGAGACACUUGUGAACAUUCAAGUGAAGCAAAAGCCUUUCAUGAUUACAGUGCAGCAGCCGCCCCGAGCCCAGUGCUCGGCAACAUUCCCCCCAACGAUGGGAUGCCUGGAGGCCCCAUCCCCCCGGGUUUCUUUCAGGGUCCUCCGGGGUCACAGCCCUCGCCGCACGCACAGCCUCCACCCCACAAUCCCAGCAGCAUGAUGGGACCCCACAGUCAGCCUUUUAUGUCACCGCGAUAUGCAGGCGGCCCCAGGCCCCCGAUCAGAAUGGGAAACCAGCCUCCGGGAGGAGUUCCUGGGACACAGCCACUGCUGCCCAACUCCAUGGAUCCCACACGACAACAAGGGCACCCCAACAUGGGAGGAUCAAUGCAGAGAAUGAACCCUCCCCGAGGCAUGGGGCCCAUGGGGCCUGGCCCCCAGAAUUACGGCAGCGGCAUGAGACCACCACCCAACUCCCUCGGCCCCGCCAUGCCCGGGAUUAACAUGGGCCCGGGAGCUGGCAGACCCUGGCCCAAUCCUAACAGUGCUAAUUCAAUUCCAUACUCCUCCUCAUCGCCCGGUACCUAUGUGGGACCCCCUGGCGGUGGUGGCCCCCCAGGGACACCCAUCAUGCCUAGCCCUGCAGAUUCAACAAAUUCCAGCGACAACAUCUACACAAUGAUUAAUCCGGUGCCGCCUGGAGGCAGCCGGUCCAAUUUCCCGAUGGGUCCAGGCUCGGAUGGCCCGAUGGGAGGCAUGGGCGGCAUGGAGCCACACCACAUGAAUGGAUCGUUAGGGUCGGGUGACAUAGAUGGACUUCCAAAAAAUUCUCCUAACAACAUAAGUGGCAUUAGCAACCCUCCAGGCACCCCUCGAGACGACGGCGAGCUAGGAGGGAACUUCCUCCACUCCUUUCAGAACGACAAUUAUUCUCCAAGCAUGACGAUGAGUGUGUGAUCCCCCUCCUCUUCUCCGAAAUGCUGAGAGAGCCGGCAUUGCAGGCGGGAAGAUGCCAGAAAUUAUGCAAGAAGAAGUGAGGUGUCAUUACCCAGGAGCUGGGGGAGGGGCAUCUCCCUGCUCCCCCUCCACCCCCUCCCUUUUUUCCACUCCCCCCACUCUUCCCAAUUUUAGUUCAUGCAAUAAAGAGGCGGAACUUUUUAUUCCAUAAAACAUGAAGGACAAAACUCAAAAAUAUAUUUCAGGUCGAUGGCCAGAACAGUCCUGUCCCUUGCCCUUUCCCAGAAGGACCUUUUAUGUACAUGACACUUUUUUUUGUUGUUUUUUGUUUGGGGUUUUGCCGCUGUUGGGAUUUUUUAAUUUGUUUUCGGGGUGGGGCUUUGGGGGAGAAAUUUUUUUAAAAGGAAGCUUCUAGCAAGCCCCCAUACCCCAAUCAACCUCUGCUUUCUUCUUUAAAAAAAAAAAAAAAAGGGAAAAAAAGGACAAAAAAACCCAAGCCCUGUGUUUGUGCCCAAGCUCCCCCGCAGGAGAGCUGGUCUAGGUGUGAGAGCGCACGCUGUCUUUGUAGCCACCUAAAAUGAUGAUGAUAAUAAACUGGGCAGUUUAUAAUCGGUCGUUUCUUUCGAAAGGCCUUCUUUGGAAAGGAAAGGAAGUCACCCUUUUCCACUUGGGGUUUUUGGCUUGUGCGGAUGGGCAAGGGAGGGGCGGGGCCUUUUUUAUUUUGUUUUUUUGCUUAGUUUCCCCUGGCCAAGGUGGUGACAGCAGCCGCACCACUCGGACCCGAGUUCCCCCCACCCCCAUUACAUAGCUGGAGGGGCCAGGCCAUCCGAAGGCUCUCGCCUCCACCAGGGUGGAGACUCAAGUCACUGCAACCCCAGCCCAGCGGCACGCACUGCUUCCCAGGACGGUGUCCUCCAGUCCCCUGGACUGCCCCGCCCCCCUGCGCCCUCCUGGGGCCCCGCCCCAGCCUUUCCAGAGGAUCCUGCCAGCUGCUGGUGGCCUGGAGCCCAGUAGGGGAGGCCACCUGCGGCAGGAUGGCUGUGACCUGAGACGUGGAACCUGUGACCUCCGCGUCCUGGUCCCCAUGGCCCUCGCAUUGUCCUCGUGUGUGCUGGCAUGUAGGGUUGGAGUUUGCGGGAGGGGUUUGGGUUUUUUUUUUUUUUAACUUCUCUUGAUUCUUCCUCCUUUUUCAAAGACGAGAUAUUGACCCGAAUUGCUCUGCAUAUGCUUGGAACUGGAUGGAAAGACUUCGGAAUUGCUGUGGGGGGUGGGGGGGCACCAACCACCAAACAGACGUGCUGUUUCCGGUCCUGUUUUUAUUUUCAAAAACCGACACGCAACAGUGGAGCCUGUCUCCUCCCAGGAGGGGUGACUCGCUUCCCUCACCUCAGCACCCCCCAUGGAAACCUCUGUGUCUUGCCCCGAGACAACCGAAUUCUUUGUACAUUUACUCCCUCCUCCCUGCCCCCUCCCCCGUAGCUGGUCUUUGUUUGUCCCCCUUUCUGCUCCGUGUAUAUCAUAUUAUGUGAGAUAUCAUCUGCCUGAAAAAAGACCUUGUGCGGAUUAUUGGGAACAUUGUAGCUGUUUCUGUGUUUUUUCUUACCUUGUAGUCUGGUUCUGAAUUAAGAGAGGAAAAAAAUAAUUAUGAUACAUUGUAGUUUGUGUACGAUAUAUGUCGAUAACGUUUUAUUAAAGGGACAUCUUUUUUCCGCA